AUGCCCUCCACGGCCACCACCUUCUUGGACUCUCCGCUGCUCAAGGUCAGCCGUCCUGUCGCCGCCUGUUCGCGAUGUCGUACCGCGAAGAUCAAGUGCGACGGUAAGCUCCCCGCUUGUUCCGCCUGUGAGAAGGUCGGAAAGGCCAGUACCUGCUCCGGGGCGAGUGAUGAGUUCGCCAAAGGGAAAGAACGCAGCUAUGUAGCUUCUCUCGAGGGCUACUGUGAGAAGCUCGAAAAGAAGAUCUCUCAACUCCGAGUUCGUCAAACCUCCCUCUCCGCUGAGGGGAAUGGCGUCGCGCGCGAGACGUCCAUCACGUCCACCGGUUCAGACGGCUCCCUCGGCCCAGCACAUCGUCGAGAAGUGUCUGAUAUUGAUGACCUUGUAGGGGACUUUGGUUUUCUAUCAGUCAAUGCGACCUCACGAGACUUUCACGGCAUCACGUCCAAGACUACGUUUGCCAAUCUGCUCUUAUCAGUCGCGACGGUGGGAGAUCCGCCCCAGCGCACACCCAACGCGCUGCCUGCCCGCCACGAAGCCACCCCAUUACUGCAGAUAUAUUUUGAUAAUGUUUUUAUCCAACUACCCUUCUUCGUGGAAACAAGCUUUUGGACCUCGGUAGAUGCCGUCUAUCAGUCAGGCGGUCGAUUCGCUAAACCCUUCGACCAUUGGAUGUUGCGUGUGGUGCUUGCCGUCGCCUCCGCCUCGGUCUCCUCUCAGAACAACGAUAAGGCUCACAAGCGAGCUUUGGCUUUGGUCUCGGAAGCUUUGGCAUUCGCCGAAGAUGUCCUGCGCCCGGGGUCAAUCACAUGUAUCCAGGCGAUCUUGCUCCUUGCACAGUAUGCCCUGGUAGACCCGGGCCGCUUCCGCAGCUGGCAUCUCGUUGGAAUGGCUGUUAGGGUCGCGGUAGAUCUCGGUCUGCACCAAGAUCCCCCUGCCGAGGUCCUAUCUAAUAUGGACCGCCUCGACCUUCGCCGGCGAGUGUUCCACUGCCUCUACUCCAUGGAUAGAGGAAUGAGCACCGCUUUACAAAGAACCUUCACCUUUUCUGAUGCCUCCGUCAACGUUGCUAUGCCAUCGGCCGGCACGGGGAGCUCGCUUGAUGAAAACAACCACAUCUUCCUACGGAGCCCAGCACCGGCUCUCCACAUCGUCAAGAUACGCCAGAUACUCUCCAGGGGAUACCAAGAUAUGUACUACAGUAGCCGUGAGGUAUCAACGCAAUCACUGGUCUCGAUAUGGACAUUCUGCGCCCAAAGUCAACAAUGGUACAACGAAUGUCCCAAGAACGCCCCCAACCACUUCUCUCUCCUUUACCGCCUCGAGCUCAUUUAUACCACCAUCAUCCUCCUCUCUCCCUCCCACAGAUACCCCGUCCUUUGCGACUACAACAAAGCCCUCCUGUUCGACCGGUGCAUGGACUAUAUCAGCCAGAUUCACCAAGUGCUGGCGAAUCCAAGUCUCCUCCCGUUCCUCACCUUCUUCGACAUCCAGCGGGUGCAUCAAGUCGGCCAUAAAUUCGUCGGGAUCCUCUCCGACAACUUCGACAUGCUAUUGAGCCCCAGCGUCCCUUCUCCCCCUCCCGUCCCCGCCGGUACGCCGGAUCCCCCCCAAUUACACGAAGAAGACCGUCUCAAUAUCCGGGCCCGUGCUAUCCGCUGCAUUGAUUACAUUCGAGACCUGUUGAAAGUCUGCGCGAGGAAAUGGGAACUACGGGCUCCGCUGGAGGAGUUUGAGAGACUAUCGGCGCCAUUGGGGAAGGUGCUGAGGGACAACCCACUGAGCUAUGUGCCAAAACAAGAGGCUUACUCCCAGGCUCCUCUCUCCGGAUUGCCGCUGGUCGGUAAUGGCUAUCCCGGUUAUCAUUUGGGUUGA